AUGGCGCCUCCAAACAAGAAGAAUAUUCAGGGAGAUAUCUGGCCCCGUCUGCCCAAGAAACACGAGCUGUUUGUCUUCUUCCGCAUCACUAAUCCACAGCUGUUUAAGACACACCUAGCUGGCCUUGUUCCCUUGCUCACGACUGCCCGCGAUGCCGAGAAAUUCAGAUCUGAAAUCUACAAGAAGAAGGCUCAAGACACCCUUGAAGGACUUGUUCACUUCUCUGCAAUCAACGUCGCCUUCUCUGCUAGGGGCCUGAAAAAACUUGGAGCCGAGACAUUCACAGACGAUAUCUUCAACAACGGCAUGUGGGAAGAUAUGACUUACCCAAUGGAGGGUGAUGAUAAGACAAAGCAUCACGGUCUCGAUGACCAGCAUGAUUGGUUCCAUCAAUUUACCCCACGUAGUGGAUACAUUGACGGCGUCUUCACUAUCACCGGUGAGACCGAAAAAACGUUGACUGAAACUUAUGAUAUGGUCAAGCAAACCUUCGGAAUUGAUCUUAAGGGCGAGGGAGAAGGUGGUCUUCCUAAGCUUGACAGGCCAAGUAUUCAACUUAUCUUUCAACAACAGGGCCAUGUCCUGGACGAUGAUAGAGAACACUUUGGAUGGGUCGAUGGUAUCUCCCAGCCUGCUGUCAUUGGUCUGGACACCGAUGAAAAAGUUGAAGAGGCCAAAAAGGGCUUAAAGCCAAUUAAGGCUGGUACUAUUCUUGUGGGAGGUGAAGGGGAUGAAGGGAACCACCCAGCAUGGGCCAAAGAGGGAAGCUUCAUGGUAUUCCGCACGUAUGAACAGAGAACACCCGAGUUUAUUGGAUGGUGUGGCCGCAACACCAAGAGAAUGGCUGCUGAAGGCAUGACUCCACUAGCUGCGGCAGAGCUUCGCAAAUUCUCAUCCCGUGUUGUUGGGCGAUGGCCCAAUGGAGCUCCGCUUGAACUUCACCCAGACCAGGAUCCCACACCUAUGCUGAUCGCCGAUCCAAUCGCCAACAAGCAGAUGUUGUUCCAGAAAUGGAGAGACCAGGGCUUAGACCCCAAAGCCGAAUAUAAGAAAUUGGAAGAGACAAACCACACGGAUGCCUUUACUUACAAUCCCGAGGACCAAACUAAAUGUCCUUACGCUGCCCACAUCCGGAAGUGUGGUCCUCGAGAUGACUUCCCCAAUUAUGAAAAGCACUUGAUGUUGCGACGGGGAAUUCCCUACGGACCCUUGACACUUAACAAUGAGAAAGGUGGUGGUGUGUCACAGCAUGACCGUGGACUGCUGUUCGUUUCCUACCAAAGCAGCAUUACCAAUGGGUUCCGAUUUGUCCAGAAAGUAUGGGCAAACAAAGAGGACAAACCAGUCGAUUUCACCGACAAGCUGGGAAAUACCGGGCCUCAGGGCAUCGACGCUAUUAUCGGUCAAAUGCCUCCCGACUACCGCCACGAGGAGGAUGUUACCAAAUAUGAGGACCCAGCUCCCGUUGCAAACUUCCCGGAUGUUCAGAAGCCUGUGCCAACCCCUAACAAGCACUUCAUUCCCAUUGAGCGCUGGGUAAUUCCUCGCGGCGGUGAAUACUUCUUCACUCCUUCGAUUUCCGGAAUGCAAGACACUCUCUGCAAGUAA